AUGUGGCGUCUCUGCUUGGCUGCUGCGCUUAGCCAAGGUGUUACUGGACCUUGGCUUGCGAUGAUGACAAUAACUUUCAGUGCCAGCAUUACGCAAGAAGAAGUGGACAAAUUAGCUUUCUGGACCAUCAUCGUUAGUAGCGCUUUGAGCUUGAUAGCAUCGCGAUUGGCAGACGCAUUUCAAGGUCAUCUGAAGGUCACCCUUUACACGCUGCUGACGAUAUCGUCGGCGAUGUUUCUAUGGAUACUCCUGCUGGACGAUCGUAUGUUAGCCUUCCACAAGGGUGAGCUGUACACCGCGGUAGUCCUGGGAAUAUCCGCCAGCUGGUCCACCCCCGCUCUUUUUCUUGAACUCGCCUCCGAGAUUGCGUUUCCGGUUUCCGAAGCCAUCGCUGGAGGUUAUAUGAUUUUCCUGUCGAAUCUCGUUGGCGCGCUCUUCUACUUCUCGUACUUCCUUCCAUGGAUGAGUAAGGACCCAUGCAGGUAG